CCAUCACCGGGUCGGUGAACAUGGCAGGUGAUCAUCUGUUCCACGACGAUUACGUUCAUUCGAGAAAAGACUCCGACGACGAAGCGUUUAAUUUGAACAUAAUUAAUCGACUUGUCAACACUUUAUCACGAGAAUUAUCUCUCGAGUCUUACUGGAAAAUCAGGAACACUGUGAAUGAAAGCAUGAGUACGCAGGAGGCAGAGGUAGAGAAUCUUAAACAGCAAGGAAAUGCAUGUGUUAGAGAGAAAAAAUAUGAGGAGGCAAUGAUUCAUUAUUCACAAGCAAUUAAGCUGGAUCCAAAAAAUUAUUCUCUCUACAGCAACAGAUCCUUUACUUUCUUAAUGUUGGAACGAUAUCGUGACGCCUUGAACGACGCUCUGAUAACCAUUCGACUAAAGCCUGACUGGUCAAAAGGUUAUUUUAGGAAGGGCGAGGUUGAACUGAAACUAUCCUCUUACAAUGAAGCGCUUGAGUCUUAUAACAAAGCUCUAUCCUUGCAACCAGACGAACCGAAGAUUUUAGAAGCGAUGAACAAAGCAUCGAAAUCAUUGAUUAAAGACAGAAGAGCUGAUCAACAGAUCCCGUGGCUUGGAGCUGGCGUUGGUAUUAUAUUAGGAGUCACAGUUGUAAUUGCCGACUAUGUUUUUACAAACAAGCCCACUUUAACGCAUCCUCUACUGAUGGCGUUAUUAACGAUGACUAUAGCUAUGAUUGGCUUUGGCAUCGCAAAAGGACUUCGUUAUUUCUUAAAACACCAAAGAAAGUCAGUCCUAAUAGGAGGAGACUUUUCUCACUGCUUACUAGAAGCCAAUGAAUCGAAUGAUAUCUAUGUAAAAGAAAGUACCGAUACAAAGAAAAAAGAACGGUAAAGUACAAAUGGGGCAAUAAUUCUGCAAAGAAAAAUGAUAGUUUUUUUUAUUG